UCACAAGCAGGGUUGCGGUGCUUCUCUGUCUCCCCACCCCCACCCUUGUCAUCCCACACUCCAUUUCCUGACUGACUACCUCAAAAUCUGGACAGAAGGCAGAGACAACUCCCACUCUGCAUAGAACUAUAGGAGCCCAGAUCCGGCACCACCGCUAAUAGGACAGAGGAGUCCCAACACAUAGACAUAUGAUACAGAUGGCUGACUGUGGCAGAGCUGGGAAGAUUCUUGGCUCCCAAGUACCAGCUGGGCAAUCCCAGGCAGGGAGGAGUCUCAUUGUGUGGGGGACAGCAAAUGGCAUAACAAUGCCUGCCGCCAGGAGCAGCAGUCUCGGUGUCAACCCACUCCAUGGUUGGCGGGUGUCGCCAAGGAAGACACGACUCACGCAGACACUGGAUGGAACAAGGCUGAACUCAGAAAAGAGGCAGAACAAGGCACCUUUGUGGGCUCCCCUCCUUGCUCAUCAGCAGAGCCCCCUUGGUGAGUGCACGUGAGGAAAGAUGGGCUCCCUCCCAGGACUUGGCUAAUGCAAACACCAAGAAUGAUCUCUUUAAACCUGGGAGCCCUGUGCCCUGAAGAAUCUCUAUACAGAAAUUUAAAGCAGGAAGCUGUAUUCCCACGAGAGCGGGAGAACUGCACAAAUGAAGUCGUGCAUGGGCCUCUAAAGUCCUUCAGCCAUUAUGUACAGAAAUGGAUGUGCUAAGGACCAUUUAGCCCAAGAAAAAGACGACACGUAUAAAUCCCGCUCACAAAUUUGGAAAAGAAGAGGGGACGAGGAGAGACCAAGUUGCUUUUUGCUUGGACACAGGGUUCUGCAAUUCUGUUUUGCAGUUGAGGCCUCUGGAACCUGAGCUUACUGGCUAAUUAGGAGAGAGUUAUGACCUACAAUUUGAACACGGGCAGCCAGAGGUCAGAGGGACUUCAGUAGGUGAUCUACCUCUACCGCAUCCACAUUCAUUUUAGAUUUCUCCAGCUCCCCGCUUGGUCUUCCCAGGGAAACUUGCAGUUCCUUCCCCGUGUCUCCAUCGCUAAUGUGGAGGAACAGAGGCAUCUGUCGCCCCUAAGGGUAACACCCCCACCGCAUCUUCUGCCCCCGCAUUUGCUUUGGGAACUUCCACAGACCUUUGAAAAAGGGCUUCGUGAUGUGCAAAGCAUCCUCCCUCCUUUCUAGUCCACCCUUCCCUACUCCACACUGCCCAUCUCCUGCUCUGUAAAGACCCAGGGGCAGCAGGUGGCACCCAGAGGCACCUAGCACCACCUGCCUAUAUAGGUGGGUGGUGGAGGGGAAGCAGAUUGAAAGGUGCUGGAUAUAAAAGCCCCGUGCCCAGUGCAGGACAGCAGAACUGUCCCAGUGCACAAGACAACAAAUCGCAUCCACCCAGGACCUCCACAGUGAUGCUGAUUCACUGCGUUAACGAGACAUGAGCCAGAAGUUGACUGUACUCUGAUUUCACGGCUGGGGAAUCUGUGGCUCAGAAUGGCGGGGGCAUCUAAAUUUGAGGUCACAGUCCAAAUUCCACCUGGGCGCUCCUGAUUCACAUUUGAUUCGUCUCAUUGUUAUCAUCUGCUAAUGACUAAGGAUGCUUUCAAGCCAGUUGGAUCCUGAGUAACAAUUCAAGCAAUGCCUAAGGUGGAGAAUGGUGACGCUGGACCCCAGAGGAGCCAGCUUCCUGGAUCCACUCAGCUAACAUGGCUGCAGGGCACGGUGGUACAGUGUGUAAUCCCGGCACUUAGGAGGCCAAGGCAGGAGGAUCGCCAUGAAUUUGAGGCCAGCCUACACUACAUAUCGAGGCCCUGUGUUCAAAAAACAAGACAGACAGCAGCAGGACUGGCAUUGGAAGGGGAAUGCACAGGAACUUAGGGUAAGAGGGGAAAUGGGACAUGGAGAAAUCUUCAUAACUCAUAGUGGGAAGUGAGAUGCCCUUCCGGAGAGCAUCACUUAUUCUCAUUCCGUGAAAUCAUUCAUUCAGUUGGUACCCAGACCAACAGUUUUUAAGUUAGCCAAGACUUGGGCACUGUCUUAAGUGCUUUGGACAUGGAGAUAAAUGAAACAAAGUUAGUCUCUACCUCCAGAAACUACCCUCCAAAUACUAAAUCUGAGGCACUUUGGGAAAUUCAUAAAUGUGAAUCUAUUCCCAACCCUCCCCCAGCAGAAUGAUAUUGUCUUCGAAAGUAGCCCCCAAACAUCAGGAGCCCAGCUUCUAUUCCUUCUCCAGGUUGAAGUCCUUCGGUAUUGGUCUGGUGAAAUGGGAAACUGAGGGAGUCCAAGGAAGAUUCGGAGUCAAGGAGAAAGGCCUCACACCCGCCCCCACCAGGCAACCCACCCGGAUCCCCACGUGGUCCGAAUCCAGGCCCCACUGCAGAUCCCAACAUACACAGACAUUUUCCUGGCUGGCCAGUGCGUUCCGUCCCUUGGCCCCCGUCUCUCUCCUCCGAACGUGACUCCAUGUUCCAAGGUCAUUGUGAUGCAGAUUCCAGGGCCCUUGUGACACGCAGCUGCCCACCCUGCUCAAGCCCGAGACGUCCAUCUGGAGAGGCCUGUUCCCUCUGGGGAAUGCAAGUCCUCUCCUGAAGGCAGCUCACCUCCCCCUGCUCAUUUCACCUCCAAGCAAGUUCCGAGUUCCGGUCAGGGGCUGCCGUGAAGAUAGCCCACGAGGGCCAUGACCACCCUCUCUCCUGAGAACAGCCUCUCGGCCAGGCAGUCUGCCUCCUUCAUCCUGGCGAAAAGAAAACCACCCAUUGACAAGACAGAAUGGAAUAGCUUCUUUGACGAGAAUGGUUACUUGGCCAAGUCCCGGGACUUCAUUUGUGUUAACAUCCUAGAGAGGGGCUUGCAUCCUGGAGUGAGGACGGAAGCCUGGAAGUUCCUCACUGGCUACUACUCAUGGCAGAGUUCCCAGGACGAGCGGCUCAUGGCGGACAGCAUGAGGAGGAAAAACUAUGAGGCCUUGUGCCAAAUGUAUGAGAAAAUUCAGCCCCUUCUGGAGAACUUGCACUGGAACUUCGCUGAGAUUCAGAACAACAUUGCAUGUGACAUCCAGAAGCUUUAUGACAAAGACCCACUGGGAAACGUCCUAGUGGACAAGAGGAGGCUGGAGAAGACCCUGCUGUUGAGCUACGUAUGUAACACCCAGGCAGAGUACCAGCAGGGCUUCCACGAGAUGGUGAUGCUCUUCCAGCUCAUGGCGGAGCACGACCACGAGAUCUUCUGGCUCUUCCAGUUCUUCCUGCAGAAAACAGAGAACAGCUGUGUCAUCACCAUCGGGGUGGCCAAGAACCUGGACAUGCUCAGCCGCCUCAUCAGCCUCCUGGACCCCCCAUUUUCUGAGCACCUGAAAGGGAAGGGUGCAGGGGCAGUGCAGGCUCUCUUCCCUUGGUUCUGCCUCUGCUUCCAGCAUGCCUUCAAAUCCUUCGAUGAUGUCUGGCGCCUCUGGGAGGUCCUGCUGACUGGGAAGCCCUGCCGGAACCUGCAGGUGCUGGUGGCCUAUAGCAUGCUGCAGAUGGUGCGUGAGCAGGCGCUGCUAGAGGGCAUGAGCGGCGACACCAUCCUCCUGGCCUGCAACAACCUCAUUGAUCUUGAUGCAGAUGAACUGAUCUCCACUGCCUGCAUGGUUUAUGCUGAGCUCAUCCAAAAGGAUGUUCCCCAGCCAUUGAAAGAUUUCUUUCUCUGAAGACACCAAUGCCCAUGAUGAACAGAUGCCCUGCACAGACAGGGUGACCUUGAAUGACAAGGUCAUGAGCAAGUAGAAUGGAGUGAGGACGAGGGUGCUGGUAAUACAGCCACCCUACACACAGCCUGUGGAGUGAUGGUGUCUCUCUCUCUCUCUCUCUCUCUCUCUCUCUUUUUGGUACCGGGGAUUGAACUCGGGUCCUUGCGCUUGCAAGGCAGGCCACUGAACUGCUGAGCUAAAUCCCCGGCCCCGGUUUAAUCUCUCUUUUGACCUGGAGGUGUAGGAGGGCUGAGAGGGGCCUGUUGGCGAGUUGCCCACUGUGCACCCAGAGAGGGCACAGGAUGAGCAAGUCUCUUGAUGGAGCAUUUUCCAAAGCAGCAGUAUGGGAGAUCUGAGUGAAUCCUAAGGGUAGCACUGACCUUGAGAUCCCUCCUGCUACACCUAGAAGACAAUACUAAACGCAUCUCAGAAGGAUUAGUCUACACUAGGACUCUAGUCGGUAGAGAAGGCUCCCCCAGGCCUUGCCUGCCCUGAUUCUCAAUCAUACAACUAAGUCCUUUUCAGGCCAGGGAUUUAGCUCAGUGGUUCUGCUGCCCGCCUUGCAAGCACAAUGACCCAAGUUCAAUCCCCCAUAUUAAGAAAAAAAAACCCACAAAUCUUAGAAUUUCCACAAGUAAAUCCUUUUGCUGCUCUCUGUGGAAGGACCAGCCCAGUCUCUGACCAGUAGGCAGGUCCCUCAUAAUUUCACCUUCAUGCCUCAGCCUGCAAGGGUCUCCUGAAGGGUCUGCCUGUGCUUUUCAGCCUCACCCUCCUUUCUCCCAGGAAUGUUGUGGGCUCUUGCCCAGGCAGUGAGCUCCAUGCCCAUCCUGCCCGUGUUUGGGGAGCCCAAGACAUGAGCAUUGGCCAGCAGCAUUUUGGCUGGCUGGGUCUGUCUGUCUGUCUCUCUCUCUCACACACACACAGCCCUGCCCAUUGGCUACACCUUUUCAGGAGGACAGAUGGCUGGGAAGAAGUCUUGGGCCUUGUGAUAAUCUCCCAUCCAUGGUGGCCUCUGAGUCUCUCUGUUGCUGUCUU